AUGGGAAAUUUUCGAUUAGCUUCACGGAAGUUGUGGCGGAUCCGGAGAACCCUCGAUCAAAGCCCUGCUUUCUCUUUGCAAUAUAAUCUCCGCGUCGCAACAGUUGCUCGCCAUUUCGGGUCAGCAGCAGAGCAAUCAGCACCGGCGGCGCCGUCGGAAAGGGUAUCGGGCAUCGUGGACGAACUCUCGGGUUUAACUCUUCUGGAAAUCUCGGACCUAACGGAGGUUUUGCGGAACAAGUUGGAUAUGAAAGAGAUGCCGUUGAUGGCCAUGAUGAUGCCAGGGAUGGGGUUCAGUGGCAUGCCGGGAGCUGGAAGGGGAGCCGGCGGUGCUGCGGCUGCAGGAAAAGGGGAGGAGAAAGCGGAGAAGACGGUGUUUGAUGUGAAGUUAGAUGGCUACGAGGCGGCGGCCAAGAUCAAGGUGAUUAAGGAAGUGAGAGGGUUUACUAAUCUGGGUCUGAAGGAAGCCAAGGACUUGGUGGAGAAAUCUCCUACGUUGUUGAAGAAAGGGGUGACGAAAGAGGAAGCUGAGAAGAUCAUUGCCAAAAUGAAGGAAGUUGGGGCCAAAGUUAGCAUGGAGUGA